AUGGCCUACUUGAUCAUUCUUUUGCACGGUAUUGGUGUACUGAUACCAUGGAAUAUGUUUAUCACUAUUGCGCCGAACUAUUAUGUGGACUAUUGGUUCACGGUGGAUAGAAACAGGACCGAUUAUGCCAAACGUUUCAUGAGCGAUCUUGGAAUAGCUUCCCAGAUACCCAACUUUCUUGCAGGACUUAUCAAUUUGAUGCAGAUUAUAGGCGGGUCGUUGCUGGUUCGAAUUUAUGGAUGCCUCAUCGUUAACAGCAUAAACGUUUUAGUUAUCCUAAUUUUGAUCGUAGCACAGAAGCCAUCUGAAGAAGCGAUGGGUUGGUUUUACGUGGUAACGAUGAUAAUCAUAUUAGUGCUGAAUACUUCUAACGGCUUUUAUCAGAAUUCUGUAUUUGGUCUAACAGCGGAUUUUCCCGCUGCUUAUACGAAUGCUCUUGUGGUUGGCAACAACAUUUGUGGAACAUUUAUCAGUGUACUAGCUAUCGUAAAUCAUGAACUUAAAAAUUAA